CCCAAGUUGUUGGGCUCCAAAUGCCUAUCCUCCAGACCCAUUAAACUUCUUUAACCAACCCACAAAUUUUUCCUCAAAUAAAGAUAAAACAAGAAAAAUGUUCAUCUCACACAGCUUUGAAUUCAUCAGUCAUCACCUUUCACCAACCUUUAUCAUCUUCACCAACUCACACAGCUUUGACCCGAUUGCUCCUGUUACUCGGAUCUUACCACUGAAACAGCAGUACUAUAGUUAUAACAUCGAAAGGGUUCUGAUUUUUCGAUCCGGGUUGCAAAAUUUGCACCUUCAAGGGUGUAAGGCUCCAAGUAAUAGUUGAAGCUACUGACAAGGUUUUGCAAAGAUGACUCUGUGGGCAAGCUUGACCGAAUCCAUAUUCCACUAUACCGGCUUAUCACCAGCUGCAUUUUUCACUAUCCUAGCAAUAAUGUUCGUUACAUACAAAAUAGUUUGUGGCAUGUUCGUGGCAGCCGGGGAUUAUGUGGAGGUGAAAAGGGCUAAUGAAUAUGUCGUCCGUGAACCCGUACAAAUAGGAGAUGUGACUGAGGAAGACUUGAAGGCAUAUGAUGGGAAAGAUCCUAAUAAACCUUUGCUCAUGGCCAUCAAAGGACAGAUCUAUGAUGUCUCUCGUUCAAGGAUGUUUUAUGGUCCUGGCGGGCCCUACGCCUUGUUUGCCGGGAGAGAUGCAAGUCGUGCGCUAGCUCUCAUGUCAUUCGACCCCAAAGACCUCACCGGAAACAUUGAUGGUCUCAGUGACGCCGAGCUUGAAGUUCUGCAGGACUGGGAAUAUAAAUUCAGGGAAAAGUAUGUGCAGGUAGGUCAGCUUGUUUCACACCAAACAACUAGUGAGGCGUCUGAAUGAGCUUGUAUGUUGACACCCCCUCUUUCACCACAAAAAAAAAAUAAAAAAAAUAAAAAACGUCCAGAUCAAGGGACAGAGGGAGUAAUAUUUGGGGUUGAGUUUUCAAAUGAGUUUUAAUUCCACGCAGAAAUCGAGCUUGGCUUGUUUUUUUAACUACAAAUCUAUUCAUUUAACAAACCAUAUGCAACAUGAAAUGAAAGAUUCGUUUAUAUACUACUAAUAAGUCAGCUAUGCAUUCCUAUAACAAUGAAUUCUCUUAGAUAUUGAUUACUAAAUUCCUGAUCGCCAUGAGGCAUGGAUCAAUAGAACAUUUUUCUUUGCCUAGCAAGAUUUCAAUAUCCUAAUCGCCGGAUACAGAAACAUAGAGAAUAUUGGAGAGGCUCUUACAGUUUAGCCAAUAAUAAUUUAAGAGAAUAUGGAAAGAUUGUAAUAAAUAAAAAAAAUCAAGAUUCGUAAGGAAUGUAAAAGAAGAUGAAAGGAUUAAAACAAUUAUGGUGUUGAAGGAAAAACUUGUGUGAAAAUGAUUAUCAAAAUUGUGAGCAAAAUAACUAGUUAUAUAUGUAGGUUGAUGAUGGAAAUGAUAAAUUCAGAGGAAUUAAGCCAAAAAAAAUAAAUAAAUGAAGAAAUUCAGAGGACAAAAAUCUUUAUUCCUAUUAUUUGAAGUUAUGAAUCAUUAAAUUCAAAAAAUAGAAGAAAAGAAGAGACAGGAAUUCAGAGAGUCUAAUACUCCUUAAAAUAGUUAUGUGACUGCUCAAAUUUAUCUAAUAAUAAUAAAUAGUAAAACUUUUGUAAUUAAAAUCUACCAAAUUAUAAUUUCUAUCUUUUCAUUCUCUUAGUCACAUUUUACUUUUUCACUAAACAUCUAAUUUCACAUAAAAAUAUGACUACCAAAAUUUUCUUUUCUUUUUUUUUUUUUUUAAACUAACUCCAGUUGUUCUCACUUAUAAAUAUGGAAAAAUACCGUAUAUACCCCUAGUGAUAUUCAAUUUCUAGACCCACUUUUAGAACCUAGACUAAGACCUCAUUCCCAUCUGACAACCAAAAUUAAUGCAUAAAAGAAAUUAAGAAAAAACAGAGGCUGAAGAUAAUUUAAGAAAAUGGAUUUAUAAUAAUUUUAGAAGGUUAUUUAAAUAAAAGAAGGAAUUUACUUUUAACCACUAAUGUUUGGUAUAACUACACACUAAGUCACCAUAAUAGUUAUUUUUUACAAUAUUAAUUUUUUUCGACAUUUGAUGUUUUUGUAAUGGGCAAAACUGUGAAAUAACCGAAUAUUAUAUACCAAAAUAUAAUAAUACGUUCUAGAGAAUUUAUUUGUCACUCAAAACUUGGUGCUAUAACCAAAAAAAGAAAAGAAAAUAAAAAUUAAUAAACUUUAAUCUGAUAUAAUUAUAUUAAUAAUGUGGAUGUGCACAAGAUAGAAGAGUUAUGAGGAUAUUCCAUCUAUAGAGAUCACUCUCUCUGUACCUACUUUGCUUAUAAAUAGAGAUCACUCUCUACAGAAUAAGAUGUACUUGAAGAAAUUUUUCUUCUGCAGUUUUUUUUUUUUUUAUAACACGUUAUCAGCACGAGUCUCUAAUCAAUUAAGAAGAUUAUAGGGUUUAGAUGCCGCCAUAGUCGCCGGAGCAAUCAACAGGAGAUUAGGGUUUCCCCAAUCAAUAAUUUUUUCUUAAUUCGAAGGUGUUCACAGCAUUGAACGUCCCUUUCUAAUGGAUCAACACAAUUCGCUCAGAUUUUUCCAUCUCUACGCUUUUACUUGUGAAUAAAAGUAUAUACAAGCAUUAUUUUGAUCUAACUGUAUAUACUUCCAAUAUUAGGGGCAUUGCAAAUAUUGCUUCAAUAAGGAGGUUAAAGAACCUGAUUAGAAUGUAAAAUAUUAGUUUGUUAAUCAUUCUAGAACCAAUGUUGCACUCUGAUAGGUUAGAUAGCACACGAAGGACACUAAAUUUUGAUCUUGCAUUUUCAUCACAUAAUAGUAAAAUCUGGAUUUUUGCAAAUCAUGUUUUUCAAAUCAAAACAAUAGGAGAAUCGGAUCAAAGUUUGCAUAUGGAGGUUGUACAGACUAACUUGCAGGAAAAGAUGCUCAUAUCUGCGGUAUAUGCCAACAGCCAAAUCAACACGGCAUGAUCGUCAAAGUUCAUGGUAAAAUGCGUGAUUAUUCGACACAGCAUGCUGAAAAAGCUUGGAUGAUAGAAGGUGAUUUUAAUGUUAUACGCCGGGUUGAGGAAUAAGUAGGUUUUCUGAACCGGAUCAUCUUCCUAUGGAGGAUUUUAAUGGUUGUAUUAAUAAUUGUAAGCUCAUGGAGCUGUCAACGUUGGGCUCUGAUUUCACACAAGACAUACGGAGUGGGUGCAAAAAGGUUGAUAGGCAUUAGACUCCAAAAUAAAUUUGGGUCUUUUUGGCAGGUGGAUUUGGCCGCCAACCAAAGAGACAGAGUUUCUAUAAUAUUGGUGUUCAAAUCGGAGAAGGAUUAGUAAUUGUUAUUCAAUUAGGCUUCGUUUGAUUAGAUUGAAUUGCAAUUGAAUUGGAAUUACAACUAUUAAAUUGAAAAUGAGAUAUUAAUAUUGUAAUUCAAUUUCAAUUCUCUUGUUUGGGAGAUCUUGAAAAUUUACUAUAAUUAAGGUUCUAAUUCCAAUUCUUGCGUUUGGAUG